AUGCGCUGGAUUGAUAAGUUUGGAGACUUGCAGCUGGACAUUGUCGGUAUCAUUGCUGUGCUGGGAGAAGGGUCCAUAACUCGAAAUGCCCAAGUGACAAGCCUUUCUUGGUGGUCCACGAUACCUAGGCUCAUGCCAGCCCCUCACGCCUUGCUUGAACAUGAGCGGAAAUACCGACUACCUACAGCUCCCGGGAUCGUCGCCGGAGCUUACAGUGGCACAGUGAAAAAGGAAAUCAAUUUCUUCGCCCAGCUGCUUCAUCCGGCGCCUUUGGAAGAUUACCAGGUUGAACUUGUCCAGGUAACGCGAAAAGAUGCGCCGCCGGGAACAAAAACGCUUCGUUCAUUUGGCCCCAAGAAGUAUGGCCCCUUAUUCUGGGUUUCCGUCGCCGGAUGUGCCAUGACCUUGGCUUUGAUCAGUCUCUCCGUUUAUUACCACGAUGGCUUCUCCUUGCUGGCUACCAUUAUGCUGUCGAUGGUGAGCUCGUUUGUGGGAUUUGGCACUCACUGGAGUCUGGUAUUCCAGGAACCGAAAGUGGAAAAGGACCGUGGGCGCGUUAUCCCUCGCUCAGAUGUCAUUAUUUACUAUCCCAACGGAUCGAUCCGAGUGAUUCGGCCCAGCUCCGAAAAUAUUGCUCGCCUGUAUUUUCAGACUGAACAUGCACAAUAUGUUAUUGAUGACACACCCUAUCGUACCCUUGCUCUGUUCUCGACAGUCAUGCUUAUGGCGGGAGUGGUGUCCUUGGCGAACGCAUCCAACAUCCUUCAAGUGGCCUUUGCUGCUUCGUAUAUCUUGUUGAACGUCCUCUACUGGGCCGUGUCUGCCCUGAGCCCUUGCAAAUAUCACUGGCAACAUGCAUACCAAACAGAUAUCAUCCCAAUACAAGAUCCCCAGGAUCAGGAAUCCGACGGGCUGGUUGUGACAGGACGGGUUGAGGAAUUUAAACAAAAGGUCAAACACGAGUGGCGUCGAUUCGAAGAGGCCUGGAUCUUGGAGAAAAGGCGUGAUCGAGCUAAAAAAAGAGCCGAAACAAUUUUCGAGCAGAACCCAAAGGCAAGAAACUUCACAGGCGCCCUCUGGACUGCUAUUGUUCUGAGUGGCACAUCCCAAUGGUUGAACGAGGCAACAACCAUAGCGCCUACGAACGAGGCCUGGAAAAAGUGGCUGCAAGAAGCUGGCAACGAAGCCAAUGCCCGAGGGAGACUCAAUGAUGAAUGGGAGGGCCGAUUCAAACCCCAUCGCCGGCCGCGCAUCAAAACGGGACUAGAUUGGUCUUUUGCCCCAGCCACAAAAGAAAGCAUGGGACGUUCUUCGCGCAGGCGCCGGAUUAUGAUUAAUAGAUCUUGGGAUUACCAGACACGGCUCACUGAAAUCCUGAAAGAUCACGCAGACACAACGCGGGUGCCGCUCGCAGACGAGCUUGCAGGGGAAGACGUGUCUGCGGCCGCCUCCUCGGAGAAGGAUCGCCUAAUGCCUCUUGUAAGAGAGGAGGUGUAA